AUGGCGGGUAGAGGAAAAACUCUUGGCUCAAGCACUCCAAAGAAGUCGACCUCAAGGAGUAACAAGGCUGGCCUCCAGUUUCCCGUUGGCCGUAUCGCCCGAUUCCUCAAGGCUGGCAAAUAUGCUGAGCGCGUCGGUGCCGGUGCUCCUGUAUACCUUGCUGCCGUCUUGGAAUAUCUCGCCGCCGAGGUUUUGGAAUUGGCUGGAAAUGCUGCAAGGGACAACAAGAAGACAAGAAUUGUGCCAAGGCAUAUUCAAUUGGCUGUUAGGAACGAUGAAGAAUUAAGCAAGCUUCUCGGUGAUGUUACCAUUGCCAACGGUGGUGUGAUGCCCAAUAUUCACAACCUGUUGCUUCCAAAGAAAGCUGGUUCCUCCAAGGGUGCUGGUGAUGAUGAGUGA